CUCUCUCUUUUCCUGUUUUUUCUUCCCUGCCACUCUCUUUAAUCCCCGAAUCCCCUGCCAACCGCGAGAUUGCUAGUGCUGUUAUCGCCGCUCUCUCACCCGCGCAUUCCGUCAUUCUUUGAAGAGAAAACGCAACAGGUCAGACGAGCCACCGACAAUGCGUUUCACCAGCGUCCUCACCGCCGCUCUCUUCGGCGCCGCCGCGGCCGCCCCGGCCGCCCCGGCCGCCCCGGCCCCGCAGGCCGAGACGCCCAGGAUCCGCGAGGCCGUCCGGAUCACCGACUUCUACGCCCGCAAGGGCCCCCUCAACGGCACCCUCGACGGGCCCGUCAGCUCGGUCAGCUUCAAGAUCACCCCCGUCCGCGGCAACGGCACCGUCCCCGUCUCGUGCUCGGCCACGGCCGCCGAGGGCGAGAAGUCGAUCCGCUUCAAGCCCACCGCCUACCCGUGCGAGGACAGCUCGAGCCACUGGGACCAGUACUCGUUCGAGGUCAGCCGGCCCAAGCCGCUGGACGUCUUUGACAUCACCGUCAUCCACAAGGCCGGCCCUGGAUUCGGAGCCCGCGGCCGUGCUUCCGUCCCCACCUACUGCCAUGCCGGUGGCGCCGACUCGCUGGUCUGCGGCCAGGUUGCCAAUGUCACUGUCGGCCUGCACCGCUAAACGGCGUUGGAGGGAAAAGGGACGACACGAAUGGAACGAAGCAGAAAUGAGCGGUUGCUGUACGAUGAUUGAUGCAACUUUGAUGUGUUACUAGUUAGACAGCGUCUGAUAGCGCUCCACGCCAAAUUGUGCA